AUGGGGUCAGGGGUACUCGUUGAACAUCGGUUCCUCUUCGCGAUGUUAGACGUGCCAGGAUGGCCGCCGCUUUUGGCUGGCGUGGCGUAUUUGUACACCACGGAGGGGCUGUCGAAGCGAAACCUCGAGUUGCUCAAAAUGAUCGGAGAAACGCUCCAGGGGAACCACAUGGCCAUAUUCGGGGCUGAUUGGAACCUGGGGCCGACGAUAAUCGAGUUCACGGGGAUGUUGAGGAAAGCCGAUAUGUUGAUCCUCCAACCGAAGAUCGAAACCUGUGUGACGUCGAAGGCUCACUCGCGGAUCGAUUUCUUCGUGGUGUCCCCAGCUGUAGCCAACAUGGUCGACAAGACCGACGUUGUGAAGGACUGGCCCAAGCGACCUCAUCGGCCAGUGCAGCUUAUUUUUAAGCAAGGAUCCUGCCUGAAUGACAUCAACGUUAAAGUUUACGCUAUGGUCCCGUUCGACGGCUUCGUGGCCAGGAAUCCUGCGGUGGACCUUGCCUCGUGCGUCGACGACGACACCGUCAGCGCGUAUGGCGCGGCGGAUCAUGUUGUCAAAGUGCUCGGCCAGGCAGUCGAGGAUCUUGAACGUGUCUUUAAAGAAGAUUUAGGCAUAGGACUGAAUGCCCAAGGCAAGUACUUGGUCAAAACGGUCUUCUGCGACGGGCUCUGGACCGAGGAUCGAGCGCAGCAGGCGGGUUACCAUUCGACGGGUUGCUGCCCGCUGUGCGGGGAGCCUGAUUCUGUUACCCAUAGGAUUUACUUUUGUAACAGCCCCGAGGUCUCGGCGGCUAGGACUAGUACGGGGGUGAAGGACAGCUUCAUUCAGUGGGUGAGGGAAGGGGGGCAGGACUUCUACGCUGGUUUAAAGUUUGUCAACCCUGUCAAAGAUAUGCCGCCUAUGUCCGACCAGCACGAGCCGUAUCUGUAUAGUGCCGAGGGCCUGGAGGCCCUCCGUGCCCGUGUGGCGGCCAAGGAGGCCAAGGGCUUCGUGCAGCUCACCGUCGGCGCCUACGGCCCCGGCGACGCGGUGCCACGCUCCGGGCAGGGCGGCGACGGCGAGGAAGGCGGCGAGGGCAAGUCCCUGAAGAGCCGGGUGGCAAUGGCGCCCUCCCCGAACAGGGCGGGCGCCGUGUACCUGCUGACGGUCCGCAUCCACAAGGCGGAGCGGCUGCGCGAGUUCGCGGGACUGCUCGGCCAGGCGGCUGAGGGGGACAUGGACAAGAAGGGGCAGGACAAGGAAGGGCUUCAUACGAACUACGAGCUGCCAGUGCUGGUUCCCGUAGCCAGGCAGCGGGCAUGUUCGGCGCAGGGUACAAGGCUUUGCUGCGGGGUUGUGUAA